UCAAAGUUCAUCCCUGGUGUUAGUUUGGUUUAAAAAAGUGAAUUAUUUCAUGUCAAUGCAAGGUGUUAUGAUGUUUCGUGGUUGUUGAGUGUUUCUUUAUUAUAUAGCAAUUUGUCACUCGGAUGGAUUGCAGAUUAUGCUAAAAAGAAACAAUCAGUAGUUUCAAUAAUAAUCUAGCAAAAUGCUGAUAAAGGAGUACAGAAUACCUCUUCCACUCACAGUGGAAGAGUAUCAAAUUGCACAGCUUUAUAUGAUAGCAAAGAAAAGUAGAGAAGAGAGCUCUGGUGAAGGCAGUGGUGUUCAAAUUAUAGUAAAUGAACCAUAUGAAGAUGGUCCUGGUGGAAAAGGUCAGUACACUCAGAAAGUUUACCAUGUAGGGAGCCAUUUGCCAGGCUGGUUUAAAAGUCUACUUCCAAAGUCUGCCUUGACCGUAGCAGAAGAGGCUUGGAAUUCUUAUCCAUACACCAAAACAAGGUAUACUUGUCCAUUUGUUGAAAAAUUUUCACUUGAAAUUGAGACUUAUUAUUUUGCUGACAACGGUCACCAAGAAAAUGUAUUCAAGUUAUCUAAAAGUGAUUUAAAAAAUAGAAUAGUGGAUUUUAUAGAUAUUGUUAAAGAUCAGACCAGUGAAUAUAUAAAAGAGGAAGAUCCAAAAUGUUAUGUUUCACAGAAAUGUAACAGAGGUCCGCUCUCUGAUAAUUGGUUGGAAGACUACUGGAAAGAAGUGCAAGGGAAGCCACAACCUUUACCAAAUGGAAAAUCUCUUAUGUGUGCAUACAAACUUUGUAGAGUUGAAUUUAAAUAUUGGGGUAUGCAAACAAAGUUAGAGAAAUUUAUUGAUGAUGUUGCCUUACGAAAAACGAUGGUCAGGGCUCAUCGUCAAGCAUGGGUUUGGCAAGAUGAGUGGCAUGGUCUCACCAUGGAUGACAUUCGUGAAAUCGAAAGGCAAACUCAAUUAGCUCUGCAAAAGAAAAUGGCAGGAGAAACAAGUGAUGAGCAAGAUGUGUCUGAAGAAAAUUCAAAGUCACUUGCAGCUACAAUGAGUAGUUUAGAAAAAAAUGAAGACUUAGAUACUCCUUUGACUACUAAGAAAUCAAAUGUUGAAAAGAGAGUUCCCAAACAUUUGUCUCCAGAGAGCACUCCACCACUGGAACAGAAGAGUUCCAUGAAAAGUAAUUUAAGAUCAUCAUCUUCAGGAUCUAUAAAAAGCUUGCAAGCGCAAGUUGCUAAUUGGCGAAUGGAAACACUUGUGAGAGAAUCAGAAACGGAAACUGGAUCUGAAGAUGAAUUUUAUGAUUGUGAAUCAUCAUUCAACAAAUGGUCCUCCAUGUGUUCUCUUGAUGAAAUGGAAAUUGAUAUAUCACCAACUCAGGGUGAUCAUAGUCAAGAUGACAGUAUUUUCAAUCCAACAUUCUUAAAAAGAGUAACCUCAGAGAGGGGUUCGCGUCGCAUAAUUACUUUCCAAAGUCAUCAAAGUAUGGAUGGUUGCCCCGAAACACCGAUACUCAGUUCAUGCCCGACUACAGUAUUAGUACUAGUAUUUCACGCUGGUAGUGUUCUCGAUGCAACUAUUGACAUGGCGGCAAAGAAAUCGGACGUGACAACAUUUAAAGGCGCUUUUGAAUCUGUAAUGCGCCAACAUUAUCCAACUUUAGUUGGUCAUAUUGCAAUGAAACUAGUUUCAUGUCCUUCUAUUACUACAGAAGCAUUAGGCAUUUUGUCUACGUUAAGUCCUUAUAGCUUUGAUUGUUCCCCAUCCACAUUGGAAACUCCUUCCAUGACGAAUGAUCUAAUACCUAUUGGUGCUAUUCCUUUGCUAGCUACAAGCUCUCCUGAUUAUGUUGAUGCGGUUACGAAAACUAUAGCUUCGGCUAAUACAGUUUAUAAUGAGUUCCUCAAAUCUGAUGAUGGCAAGGGUUUUAAUGGUCAAGUAAGUAUUGUUGCUGAUAGCAUGGGUUCACUAUUAGCCUAUGAUGCCCUAUGUCGUACCGUGCAAUAUCAAUCACGUCAUGACAGCGAAAAUAGUGUUUUAAAUACUGAAAUUACUAUUCCCAAUGAACCAAGUGAUAAUUAUUUGAACAAAUCGCUUUUGCAAGCGCCCACUCCACGCAGGCGAUCAUCUUCCACAAGUGAUAAUCAGACGAAGUUGGAAUUUGAAGUAAAUGACUUUUUUACUUUUGGUAGUCCUCUGCCUUUAAUUUUAGCCUCAAGAAAAAUUGCGGAUGACAAAACACGGGAUAUUAUGAAGCCACCCGUACAGCAAGUGUACAAUUUGUUUCAUCCAACAGAUCCGGUUGCGGCCAGGUUAGAGCCGCUAUUGUCCGCUAGAUUCACGAACUUACCACCUAUAAAUGUUGCUCGCUAUGCGAAGUAUCCUCUCGGUAACGGGCAACCCUACCAUUUAAUGGAAUUGAUACAAAGCGAUCCUCAGCUGUUUGGUGACCAUUUACAAAUGCCGCCAACACCAAUAUUGCGACGUCUUUCUGAGGCUUCCGUUCAAAGUACUGUCAGCGGCUUGGUCGAUAAUAUACCAUUGAUAACGAUGAAUGCUUUACAGCAGAAAUGGUGGGGUUCUAAACGACUUGAUUAUGCCCUAUACUGCCCCGAAGGCUUAUCGAACUUUCCCACAAAUGCGUUACCACAUUUAUUUCACGCCAGCUAUUGGGAAAGCUCUGAUGUGAUCGCCUUUAUUUUGAGGCAAGUCGGUCAUUUCGAUUUAGCUUUUUACGGCCACGUCGAAGACAAAGAUAGUACAUUGUUCAAACCGGGACAAGAAAGAGAAAAGUGGAUUCGAAAACGUACGUCUGUUAAACUGAAGAACGUCGCUGCCAAUCACAGAGCUAAUGACGUUAUAGUGAAAGAAGGGUCUCCUCAAACAUUUACAGCAAGGUUUAUGUAUGGGCCGUUGGAUAUGAUAACUUUGACGGGGGAGAAAGUAGAUAUACACAUGAUGAAGGACCCUCCAGCUGGCGAGUGGACCUUAUUAUCAACUGUGGUGACUGAUAAAACUGGAAGGAUAACUUACACAUUGACUGAGAAGCAAAGUGUCGGUUGUGGCGUAUAUCCAGUGAAGAUCGUGGUACGCGGCGACCACACAAGUUGCAACUUCCAUCUAGCUGUAGUGCCUCCACAAACCGAGUGCGUGGUAUUCAGUAUCGACGGCUCCUUUACAGCAAGCGUAUCGGUGACAGGUCGCGACCCUAAGGUGAGAGCCGGAGCAGUCGAUGUCGUCCGUUUCUGGCAAGAUCUCGGCUACCUUAUCAUUUACAUAACGGGCCGACCAGACAUGCAACAAAGAAAAGUGGUAUCGUGGCUAGCUGAACACAAUUUUCCUCACGGAUUGGUCUUUUUCUCCGAAGGAAUUUCAACGGACCCACUGGGUCAUAAGGCUGCGCAUCUGAACAGUCUGAUAAAUGAUCACGGUAUAAUACUGCAAGCUGCCUACGGGUCCGGGAAAGAUAUUAGCGUUUAUCAUAACUGCGGUCUGUCUCCAAAGCAGGUGUAUGCAAUAGGUCGUAUCAGUAAAAAGUACACAAAUAUGGCAACAACUCUGAGUGACGGGUACGCGUCGCACCUGGCAGAUUUGCGGCAGCCGGGAGCGGUGCGUGCGGCACGCGGCAACGCACGCCUCCUCGUGCCUCGUCGACUCCUCGCCCCGGUUAGUAGUGCCACCACUCGUAAUCGCCGUUAAAACUAUGUUUUUAAGUCUCUUUUUAAAGUUUUUUGACAAAGUAUUAGAUACCCUGUAUUUUGAUGUAAUUUAAAUUAUAUACGUGUAUUAUUUCCUCGUCUCUACCUAUUUUUAGCGUAUUUCUUAAAAAUGACACGCUUUUUACAGUAUUCGUUUGAUGCUUCCACGUUGUUAGGAUGUGGAGGUUGCGCAAUAAAAACUGUUGCGAUGUUGUCUAUACAAAAAGGUUUAUGAAUAUUGAAUGUUAAAUAUAAAUACUUGAAGUCACUGUGUACCUAACUAAUUUGUAUUGAAUCUUGUUAUUUCUGCCUCAGCUAGUGUUGAUGUAAUCGUUUGUAUAGUAGAUAUUUAUUGUUGUGUCAGGAGGGCUAGAAUCUCUUGUCUGCGUUCUUAUUUAUAUUCUAGUCUUUGUAAGUUAGGUAAUGAUCUGAUUUUAUUAAAAAAAAUAUAUUCCUAAUGUAAUUCCAUAAUUUAUAAAAGGAAGGGGAUCUCCUUUGACUAAACGCUUUAUAACGCCUAAGGCCAUAUAAAUUUUUAAUUGAUGACCUGGUCUAAGGUGUAAAUUUCUAAGACUAUUAAAUAUAUUUGGAAUCUUUAUGUUUGCAUCACCCUGUGUGAUAUAUUUUUAAUGUAAUCUUGACAUUCGAUUCGUUUAGAUGACUCAUUAGUAAAGAAUCUGUGCGAUGCUUUGAUCUGAAUAUGUAUGUUUUUUUGUUCGAAGUACCGAAUCAAUAUUGAACGAUGAAUUUUGCCAUAGCGCUUUUACUCAGACUUUGUUGAUGUUGACUUAUCUGCCAAUAAAUGCACCUUCAGGCAUAUAAUUUUAUCGAAUUCCACUCGAGUUUCAUCUCUUUGCUGUUUAAUAUUUAAAUUAUGUUUGUUAGAUAUAAGAUUGUCUUUUUUUAUCAGGAAAUUAUAAUUUCAGGGUUCUACUUCGGUAGUGUAUUUAUAUUCGGUACCCAUUGCAUUCUGGCUUUAGGUACUAAAUAGUUACUAUAUUUAUACUGAAAUUUUACUAGUCCUUGUUUUCCGUAGAUGACAUUUUUACAAUUUUUUUAUAACUUAUACUUUUCUCUUUAGAAUAUGGCAAGUCACGAUAACCAAGUAACAGAGUCUUUUCUGUUGUCACCUGUACAAAAAAAAAUACACUCUUAUAAAUGAACUUAUUCUUAAUUUAUACAAGAGGAACAUUAUUAAACAUAUUAUUUUAAGACGCCCUUAAAUUGUUAACGCUUCUAAUUAUGCCUUUACGGAAUAAAGUGGUGAGAACUCGAAAAACGAAAUUGUUACUUGUUUUCGUAAGUUUACUUUAAGUAAACUGUCUUUCAUACUCUCGUUUUAUAGUUUUAUGUCUAGAUGUAAGGACUAUGUUUAAGACAAAUUGUAGUACAUGUUAAAUUAGAUAUGUUGUGUUUAGUCAAUAACGUAGACAAUUCCAUCAAUGUAGCCAGGUUUAUGUUUACUAGGCGAAGUCGGUCAAGGCAUUUGUCGUAAAUUGUAAUGAACGCUAACGAUUGACCGCACCCACCUCUAUUAUUUGAACCGCUUAAUUAGUGGACACUGCCCAUACACGUGAAUUUCCAAUUAGAAAAUUAAAAUGUUUUUUUUUUAUGUUAAACAGUGGUAUAGGAAAAAUGUUAUAAUAUGAUACGAACAGCUAAUUAAAAUCUGAUAUUCCAUCUUAUUGCGUAAUUCGCGCAACGAUUUCUUCUUUCCUAAUAUACGUAAAUAUUAUUAUGACAAAUUUUAUAUUGCCGUCAUUUCAAAAUAUCGCGUAUUUUAUGUUCAACGAAGUAGGGUGGAUGACACCUUUUCAUAUAACUUCGUUUCCAAAUUGUGAUAGGACUAAAUAUUUUAAGAAGGUCAAAAGGAGGGGCUCAGUUUUGCCAAAACCAGGUCGUGCUUGUUUGUAGUUAUAUUCAACCCUGGUUAUGUAUAGUAUAUAAUGCUUGCCGUGCCAAUUUAAGACCUAGAUCUCGAACUUGUAGCUGACUACAUCAACAAUAACGGGAAUUUUGUUGUGUUACAACUUUUUUUUAGUAACAAUGUAAUGUUUAAUGAUUUAACACUCACAAUCUAAUAGCCAGAAAGGCCUUUUUGAACUUUAUUGACCCGUCAAGUGACAAUGUAUUAUACCUGUCAGAUCAUGGAAGCCAUAGUAAUGGAAUUGCGUUGAAAGACUAACCGUGAGUUUCUGAGACCAAAGUCCACGUUUGAACUAUAUGGUUACCUCUGUUUUUUUUCUCAAAGAUAAUGAAAGAUGACGAUAUGAUUUAUACAGGGAAUUUUAGUAUUAGAAACCAACGGUACGUGGUGGUGGUCGUCUACAUCUUCUAUAAACAUAUAAAGUAUGAUGAAAAGAUUUGUGUUUUUGUAGUCGCUAAAUUACGAUAAUACGGCGAUUUCAAGCUAAACUUGUAUUUUGUAUAAGUUGAUUGUGACCAAAUAUAACUAUGUACUUACAUUCGUUUUCAAAAUAGCAUUUGCCUUGAUAGUUUCUCAUCUGUUUAGAUUCAAUUUAACAAAACAAUGACCGUGAAAAUAGCUGUUACAUGUUAACGUUCCUCCCAUUAUACUUUUAUUACAGCAGAUCCGACCUAAAGAUGCCAGAUUUGCUUACACGUGAAUCAUAAUUUAGUACGUAUUUAGCGGAACGUGCUAACAAAAAUAUCUCAUUAGCACUAAUCGAGAGGAAAACUUUGCUGUAAACUACGAUUUGAAUAAAAAAUUACUUUAAAUUUGAAUAUUAUACUGGGUGUUAGUAACGGUUUUAACUCUAUUACGGCCUUGGCUUGAUUUCUACGGCGCACUCUUUUUAUUACCAUGCCUAUGGCGCCCCUUUCUGUUCAGCGUUUAGGCCGUCUCCCAACCUCCCUACUCCAAAGCCGGUAUAGCUUACUGGGUGUGUCUAAGUAAAUAUCGUUGUUUUUAGUCUUUCGCUUCUCGGUUCCUUGUCUUCGUACCUUAUGUAGCAUAUAACCUUCCAUAAAAAUUCUUUUGUCAAAUGCAAAAACGUGAUUUGAAAUCCAAAUACAUAGUAGUUUUUGAGAUUAGUACAGUCAAACAAAGGAACCUCUCCUCUGUUCAAUUUGGGACAUAUUACUACUGUUUAGUACGCCUUCAAACUGUCUUCCCCAAAUUGGAUUAAAGGCGUGACAGAAUAAUUGUUUACGGGUUAAAAAUAAUAUUGGCCCAUUUUUUGAGUCCUAAUGGUAUUGUGAGUCAACAUGUCUGGAAGACCUAAAGGUGUUUUGGGUUAUUCUGGAAAAACGUUACAAACAGGAAGAUUUCGUUGUAAGCAUUUCUUAUGUCUGUUUACAGUCAUGUUGGCUGUGUGCGGCUUCAUUCGCGAGGUCGGCCCGUUUUCCUAUAUAUAAAUACGCUUUGCUGUUUCAGACAAAAUACUAUGUUGAUGUAUCCAAUAUCUUGUAGUUUGUAGAGUAAAAAUUCAUGUGGUGUUAUCUCAGCUUUUUAUUAUUUGAAUAUCCAAAGUAUUUCUAGCGUAAUAGGUACCUUGACAAAAAUAUUUUUAUAUUUAUUUACAUUCAGAGUAAAAUAUUUAAAAUUUUAA